UUGAAGGUUGUCGAUUGUGCAAAAAUCAAAUGUCCAGCAAUAGACGAUCCAGUGUGUGUUAAAAUUAAAUAUAAAAAUUCUAAAAACUACGAAUACGUCAUCGCGGUUAAUAAAUGUGAAAUAAAAUACGCUACUUGUCAGAAAGAUGUAGAAGCUGUUAUGGUGCCUAUGGUCAAGUGCCAUAACUCAAGUGACGAAAUCAAGUGCGAAACUAAUGAAGAUUUUACUGGCGAGGGUACGAAACUCAAUGCAGAUUCAGAUAAAAGCAGAGAUAUAGAAAAUGAUGAUGUUGAUAACGAAACGGUUUUAAUGGCCAACGAGACUAAUGAUGGGUUUGAUAAAAAUGGGGAAAGCGAUAUAAAUUACGAAGAAGGAGGUGGAAAAAAUGGACAAUGGAUAGCUGUUGUCGACACAAAAGUAUUAAACGACAAACAGACAGAAGAAAAUGAGGUUGAAUUGGAUGGUGAAGAUAAUACGAAUGAGGCAGGAAAUAAAGAAGAUGAUUUAAAAAAACCCGUUACGAAAGAAUUAAAAGAUUAUGACAGUAACGAUGACCCAGAAGCUAAAGAUGAUAAUGAGGACAAUAAUGAUGAGGAUGACUACAGAAAUAAAGAGUACGGGGAAGAAAAUCUAGUCACUGUUGGCAAUUUUGGGAAAGACUAUGACCAACAAGAGGAAGAAGCGGAUUUAGAGGAAAGUAGAAAAGAUUGUCCUACAGUCUGUCCCUCGCGCGACGUGAUGGUCUGUGCUAAAUGCAAACACCAAAUACACAGAACGUUUCUUAGCGCAUGUCAUCUCAGAAUGUUUGCUUGCCAGCAUCCGAACGAGAAGUUAGAACUAGUUAAACGGAAGCCCUGCAUGCAGUCCGGGCCGUUUUUAUCUAAAUUCGAGGACACGAGAGGCAGGAUCCAUGAGUCUAGAGAAGAUGAUGAAAUACAGAAAUUCAUAUUUUGCAGAGAGAACAAUCUUAUAAACAAAAGUAAAGUAUGA